AUGGCUGCUUCUAUUACUAAUUAUUUGCUUGAAUGGGGUUUGGAUACUGUUUUUAGUAUUACAGUUGAUAAUGUUAGUUUCAAUGAUGUUACACUGAUAGAAAUGUCUAAACAAUUAAGUAACUGGGGAACUAACAUAAUGGAGGGUCAACAUCUUCAUGUGAGGUGUAUGGCACAUAUUCUUAAUCUUAUUGUGCAAGAUGGGUUGAAGGAAAUUGAUAAGUUUGUCAAGCGAGUGAGACAAGCUGUGAAGUAUGUUAAACAAUUUGCCGCGCGAGUUAAAAAGUUCAAAGAAUGUUGUGAAUCUCAAUUGAUAACUUGUAAUAAAUCUUUAUGUUUAGAUGUUUCUACUCGAUGGAACUCUACAUACUUGAUGCUUGAAACAACACAACAUUUUGAGCUUGCAUUUGAAAGAUAUAGUUUCUAUGAUAAUGGUUUCUUGGAUUAUCUCCGUACCUCUCCUUGUGAAGAUGGAAGUAAGGCAAGCGCCUUUGUAAGUGAGGACUGGGAAAAUGUGAGGACAAUGGUAAAAUUUUUAAAAACUUUUUAUGAUCUUACUUUGAAAGUUUCUGGUUCAAACUAUGUUACUACAAAUGUACACUUUGUGAAAAUUGCUGAGCUUGAUCUGAUUUUGAAAGACAUGAUAGAAAAUCAAGAUUCUAAUUUGAAAAAAGUGGCAUCAAAUAUGAGGAAAAAGUUUAGAAAGUAUUGGGGUACUCCAGAGAAAAUGAACAAAAUGAUCUUUAUUUCAUCUGUGUUGGAUCCCCGCAACAAACUUGAAUAUGUUCCUUUUGUAAUUGUGGACAUGUUUGGAAAAGAAAUUGGGGACAAGUUGUCCGAUUCAGUGGAGUCAUACAUGAAAGCCUUGUUUGAGCAUUAUGUUAAGAAAUAA